CUACGUCUUCAGAUCGUACAGUUGAUCUCAUCUGGUCUGAAGACGCCAGACAACAAGAAUGAACAAGAUUCUCUUGAUCGCCCUUCUGGGCUGUACUGUUCUUGCUUUAGCAGCUGCAAGCAAUGAUGCCAACUCUCAAAAAAAUCUUGAAAUAAAUCAAGAAGAAUUACAAAUAAGAGAGGCUAGAGAUGUAAACAAUAAAGCAGAAAGAAGGGCUCUAAGAAAAGCAAAUAAGGAGAAGAGCGAGAAUGAAACCACAGAGAAAAAAAAAAAAAAGAAGGGUAAAAAAGCCAAAAAGAGUAAAAAAUCCCUAAAAGAAAAGAAAGCCGGCAAGAAGAGCAAAAAGACUAAAAAAGCCAAAAAGGGCAAAAAAGUUAAACAGGAGGAUAAAUCCAGGAAGGCAAUGAAGAAACAGGAGAAGGCUGGCGAAGAAGAAAGGGAAAAGAAAACUAUGAGAGGAAGCGUAAGGCAGACAACAACAUGCAAUGCUGAUGAAGAAUGCUUAGCUCUUGCAAGCAAAUACAUGAAGCAAGUCAAGGACAAAGUAAGGAACUUUAAUGCUCAGAAAGCAAGAAUUGAAAAAGCUAGCUCCCUUGCAGCCUCAAAAGCAGGGAAAAAGGGUGACUUUUCUGCUGAUCUUGUAAGACUAAAAGAAGCAGGGGGUGGAAAUUCAUCUGCACUAAAAUGUCAAGGACAAGAAACUGGAGCAGGCCAAGUAGCAUUGAAAGGUGCUGUUGAUGCAUUAGAAGCAUGUCAGAACAAUAUCAGGGCAGCAUGUGAAACUGACAAACCAGUAUACAAUUCUACAGAGGCAGAUGCAUGUGAAACAAAAAUGAAAACAUUUAGUGAUGCUGUUGAUGGUUGCACCAAAGAAACAGAUGCAACAAAGGUAUGUGCAUGUUGGAAGAAGGCUGAUCUGAAAACUGCAUCUGAAGAAAUUGCCAAUUGUACCCUUACAGACAAAAAUGUUGAGUUUGUCAAGUACAGAACAUCUUGCAUAAAGAGCUUUUCCUCUUGCAGACAAACCCAGGAUAAUGCUUCAUCUAUAAUCUUUUCUUGUAGUCCUGCCAACUCUGCAGAUAAGCUUCUUGCCAGAUUAAAAGGUGUAACUGAUAAUAAAGAUUCCAUUGACAAACUCUCUGCAACAGCAAAAUCCAAAUCAUCAGGUUCCAGAAUUAAGAGAGCAGCAUCUUGUUCAAGUUUUAUUGCUUCUUGCAUAAAAGUAUCUAAGCUGGCUUUAGAAUUUAUUUCAAGUCCCAAAAUAAAGGAAAUGGCUGAUGCUGCAAAUGCUGAUCCUCCAGCAGCCUGUACACCUGAGGAGAAGUUAUCACUUACAGCUGCAGUCUCCUCUUUGGAUGAAGCAUCAGCAUCAGCAGCUGCUGCAAUUUCAGAAAUUCAAACUACUCUUGAAGUCCAAACCGGUACAACUGCAUCAGCUGCAAAUAUAGCUGCUGCAACAACAGCUUCCUCAACUGCUACAAAAGCUCCAUCUGGAAGAAGAAUUCUGAGAGACAUGUUCCAUUUGUAAUUCUGACAUUAAAGCUUGAACAAUACAACAUAUGUAUUCAUGCUUUUUCUGAUAUCACAUUUAAUUCAAUUGGAUUAAAUGUAGAGAUUGAGAUUGAAUACAUAUGUUGUUAUUUGAUCUUACCUCAUUACUUAGAAAUAUUGACUGACGAAUGACUCACUAGUAUGUAAGGAAAAUAUGUAAUUCUGCCAAAGUUUAUGAAUAAAUUUUUAUUAUCGCAU